AUGUUCUCUACUAAAUCCUUUCAGCAAAAAUAUGGCAAUAUCGCGAAAUGAUCAAGUAUGACACACAGAAUGGAUCCGCUAUCCUCGUUUAAAUAAAAAAAGUUUCAUUUCAGUAGGCCUUUAAUGCGCAUCAUUUCCUGAUCAAUUUUGUCAUCAAUUAGUAAUUUUCUCUUUUGACUCAUCUCCAGUAGUCCUUCUUAUUUUCAGGAUCCAGGCAACUGACCUCUUCAACCGUUUCCAAUCAGAGAAGGUCCUCCGCUGCAAUCCCAUACUCCAAGUUAUCAGCUGGCCACUCUUCCUCUGGUUUCUUCAGAAACUCAGGGCCUUCUAUCCAUCCUUUAUGGAGAGGUCAGUGCCUCGAAGUAGCUUUGGGAAGCCCUCAAGCACAGCGAAAAAACAAAGAUGGGAACGUUUGAGGCGGCAGUGGGAGCUUCUUGGUGUAUUUGAGAUUGAUCAGCAACACGAGUUCUACAGCCUGACCUGCAUGAUAAAAGAAGGAUUGUCAAUGUCAAUCCAAACUGCUACUGACAGUGCACCCACAAAUCAACUAUCAGAAGAAGAUUUCAUUUCAAAGGUCACUCAGAUUCAUAAGGGUUUUACUCUAGAAACGUUUGCUGGCCCAGUGUUUUCCAAGCUACGUGGAUCUUUAGGUGUGACAGAACAGGAGUAUCAGCAGUCCCUCUGCUCUGACAAGUGCUACCUUCAGUUCAUCAGCAACUCUAAAAGCAAAGCUGACUUCUUCCUCACCAAUGACAAGCGCUUCUUUUUGAAGACCCAGAAUGAGAGGGAAAUCCGAUUCCUUCUGGACAACCUGAAGAUCUACAUGGAACAUAUGAGGACAUAUCCCCAUUCACUUCUGGUGAAGUUGCUAGGUGUUCACAGGAUCAACAUUUCAUACAGGCAAAAGAAAUACUUCAUUGUUAUGCAAAGUGUGUUUUAUCCAGAUGAUCGAAUCAGUGCCAGGUACGAUAUUAAAGGUUGUGAAGUGAGUCGCUGGACAAACCCUGUGCCGGAGGGAUGCCAGAUUAUUGUGGUUCUCAAAGACCUUAACUUUGAAGGCCAGUACAUCACUCUUGACCAGCAGCGUUCCUGGCUCUUGCGGCAAGUGGAAAUUGACACAGACUUUCUCAGAAGCCUCAACGUGUUGGACUACAGUCUUCUCAUCGCAUGCCAGCCUUUACAGCAAGAUGAGCGUCAUCACGCACUUUCCUUUGCUUCACUUAUCAAGAGAACUAAGCGAUCUGUGCAUCCCAGCACCAGCCCUAGCCAGAGUAUCCCUUCCGUUCCCGGGACAGUCCCAGAAGGUAACACUUUCAUUCAAUCUGAUGACGAGCGUUCGAAACCAGCACAAGCCAGAGAUCUGUUAUGUGCUGAAACGCCUCAGCAGCCCGAGGCUGGCAGUGACACCAGAGGACUUCAAGACUUCACAGUCCAAAACAGACGUUUAUUGCUCAACUUAAAAAAUGCUCAGCACAUCAUUGAUGGCCCUGACCAACGUUACUUCAUUGGCAUUAUUGACAUUUUUACAGUUUACGGUUUCAAGAAGAGACUGGAGUAUUGGUGGAAGAGGCUGAGACACCCAGGCCGGACAUUUUCCACCGUCAGUCCACGGAAUUACUGUACCAGACUCUGUCAGUGGGUGCAAGACCAUACCAAGUAAACAACAGAGGUUUGUAAUCGCCGCCCACGUGCGUACCAAAUUAACCAGUUUGGAUUCCUGUCACCCUCCCUUAAAGCCUGUUUGAAUAAUAAUGAAAUAACUUGGGUUUAACCUAAAGAACCCAGGCCAACUUAUGCUAAAAGUAAAACGAUGGUGGAUAUAUCACAGACCAAGAGGAUUUAUUGUUUUAAAAAUACUAAUAAUUCAUGGCAGAGACGUGUGAUGUUACAUUUAUGUUACAUUGUUAAUGGCCGAUGAGUGUGAAGUUACAUUUAUGUUACAUUGUUAAUGGUCGAUGAGUGUGAAGUUACUUUUAUGUUACAUUGUUUAUGGUCGAUGAGUGCAAAGUUACAUUUAUGUUACAUUGUUAAUGGUCGAUGAGUGUGAAGUUACAUUUAUGUUACAUUGUUAAUGGUCGAUGAGUGUGAAGUUACAUUUAUGUUACAUUGUCAAUGGUCGAUGAGUGUGAUGUUGCAUUUAUGUUACAUUGUUUAUGGUCGAUGAGUGGGAAGUUACAUGUAUGUUACAAUGUUAAUGGUCGAUAAGUGUGAAGUUACAUUUAUGUUACAUUGUUUAUGGUCGAUGAGUGUGAAGUUACAUUUAUGUUACAUUGUUAAUGGUCGAUGAGUGUGAAGUUACAUUUAUGUUACAUUGUUAAUGGUCGAUGAGUGUGAUGUUACAUUUAUGUUACAUUGCUAAUGGUCGAUGAGUGUGAUGUUACAUUUAUGUUACCAUGUUAAUGGUCGAUGAGUGUGAUGUUACAUUUAUGUCACAUUGUUAAUGGUCGAUGAGUGUGAAGUUACAUUUAUGUUACAUUGUUAAUGGUCGAUGAGUGUGCAGUUACAAUUAUGCUACAUUGCUAAUGGUCGAUGAGUGUGAAGUGACAUUUAUGUUACAUUGCUAAUGGUCGAUGAGUGUAAAGUUGCAUUUAUAUUACAUUGUUAAUGGUCGAUGAGUGUGAAGUUACAUUUAUGUUACAUUGUUAAUGGUCGAUGAGUGUGAUGUUACAUUUAUGUUACAUUGUUAAUGGUCGAUGAGUGUGAAGUUACAUUUAUGUUACAUUGCUAAUGGUCGAUGAGUGUGAAGUUACAUUUAUGUUACAUUGUUUAUGGUCGAUGAGUGUGAAGUUACAUGUAUGUUACAAUGUUAAUGGUCGAUAAGUGUGAAGUUACAUUUAUGUUACAUUGUUUAUGGUCGAUGAGUGUGAAGUUACAUUUAUGUUACAUUGUUAAUGGUCGAUGAGUGUGAUGUUACAUUUAUGUUACAUUGCUAAUGGUCGAUGAGUGUGAUGUUACAUUUAUGUUACCAUGUUAAUGGUCGAUGAGUGUGAUGUUACAUUUAUGUUACAUUGUUAAUGGUCGAUGAGUGUGAAGUUACAUUUAUGUUACAUUGUUAAUGGUCGAUGAGUGUGAAGUUACAAUUAUGCUACAUUGCUAAUGGUCGAUGAGUGUGAAGUUACAUUUAUGUUACAUUGCUAAUGGUCGAUGAGUGUAAAGUUACAUUUAUAUUACAUUGUUAAUGGUCGAUGAGUGUGAAGUUACAUUUAUGUUACAUUGUUAAUGGUCGAUGAGUGUGAAGUUACAAUUAUGCUACAUUGCUAAUGGUCGAUGAGUGUGAAGUUACAUUUAUGUUACAUUGCUAAUGGUCGAUGAGUGUAAAGUUACAUUUAUAUUACAUUGUUAAUGGUCGAUGAGUGUGAAGUUACAUUUAUGUUACAUUGUUAAUGGUCGAUGAGUGUGAAGUUACAUUUAUGUUACAUUGCUAAUGGUCGAUGAGUGUGAAGUUACAUUUAUGUUACAUUGCUAAUGGUCGAUGAGUGGGAAGUUACAUAUAUGUUACAUUGCUAAUGGUCGAUGAGUGUGAUGUUACAUUUAUGUUACAUUGUUAAUGGUCGAUGAGUGUGAUGUUACAUUUAUGUUACAUUGUUAAUGGUAGAUGAGUGUGAUGUUACAUUUAUGUUACAAUGUUAAUGGUCGAUGAGUGUGAAGUUACAUUUAUGUUACAUUGUUUAUGGUCGAUGAGUGUAAAGUUACAUUUAUGUUACAUUGUUAAUGGUCGAUGAGUGUGAUGUUACAUUUAUGUUACAUUGUUAAUGGUCGAUGAGUGUGAUGUUACAUUUAUGUUACAUUGUUAAUGGCCGAUGAGUGUGAUGUUACAUUUAUGUUACAUUGUUAAUGGUCGAUGAGUGUGAGGUUACAUUUAUGUUACAUUGUCAAUGGUCGAUGAGUGUGAAAUUACAUUUAUGUUAAUGGCCGAUGAUUGUGAUGUUACAUUGUUAAUGGUCAAUGAGUGUAAUGUUACAUUUAUGUUACAUUGUUAAUGGUCGAUGAGUGUGAAGUUACAUUUAUGUUACAUUGUUAAUGGUCGAUGAGUGGGAUGUUACAUUUAUGUUACAUUGUUAAUGGUCGAUGAGUGUGAUGUUACAUUUAUGUUACAUUGGUAAUGGUCGAUGAGUGUGAAGUUACAUUUAUGUUACAUUGUUAAUGGUCAAUGAGUGUGAUGUUACAUUUAUGUUACAUUGUUAAUGGUCGAUGAGUGUGAUGUUACAUUUAUGUUACAUUGUUAAUGGCCGAUGAGUGUAAUGUUACAUUUAUGUUACAUUGUUAAUGGUCGAUGAGUGUGAAGUUACAUUUAUGUUACAUUGUUAAUGGUCAAUGAGUGUGAUGUUACAUUUAUGUUACAUUGUUAAUGGUCGAUGAGUGUGAUGUUACAUUUAUGUUACAUUGUUAAUGGCCGAUGAGUGUAAUGUUACAUUUAUGUUACAUUGUUAAUGGUCGAUGAGUGUGAAGUUACAUUUAUGUUACAUUGUUAAUGGUCGAUGAGUGUGAUGUUACAUUUAUGUUACAUUGUUAAUGGUCAAUGAGUGUGAUGUUACAUUUAUGUUACAUUGUUAAUGGUCGAUGAGUGUGAUGUUACAUUUAUGUUACAUUGUUAAUGGCCGAUGAGUGUAAUGUUACAUUUAUGUUACAUUGUUAAUGGUCGAUGAGUGUGAUGUUACAUUUAUGUUACAUUGUUAAUGGCCGAUGAGUGUAAUGUUACAUUUAUGUUACAUUGUUAAUGGUCGAUGAGUGUGAUGUUACAUUUAUGUUACAUUGUUAAUGGUCGAUGUCAAGAACAAACGCACCAUACCCAACAACACACACACACCAACAAAAAUGCUGCCAAAAAACAAGCACAAGGCCCCAAAACGACCGCAUGAAGGACUUUGUGAAAGUUUGGUGAACAAAAUAUACGUGUAAUACAACAACAACGUAUUUGCAGUGAAAGUUUUUGGAAAAUCUUUCACUUCAAUUAUUAGCGUGAGAUGCAAACGUCUCUAGUUACAACUAUGGAAGUCGAAAGGGCAGCUUAACAUUUGAAUAAUUACCAAUGUGGAUGGAUAAGUUAUUUUAAUGUUUGAAGUGUAGUUGUUGAUUAUUUGAGGUUAUCAGUCGAUACUUCAGCGAACCGUGGAUAUAUCGUGGGAAAACUGUCUCAGUAAACCAGAAAGUGACAAGGCUUGCUAACUUCCAGGUAACUAGGAUUUUAUUUUGUAAAGUUGCAACAUUUCUGACAUGCAUGUGUUUUGAAGGAAUGUGUGUUGUUUUUUAUUUUUUGGGUGGGGGGCAUUUUCUUUUGCAUGUAUUCGAAUUAUUAUUAUUUUUGGACCAUUUCUACUAUUCUGCUUCAUUGGCCACCUUAUGAAUGUAUUUCUUAUUCUAGAAUGUAUCAAUUUGACACUUGUUUGUGUUUAAUUCCACUAAUGUACUUUAAAUUAAAGAACAUCAAUUCAAAAUCAUUGAAACAGUGAAAUGUUUGUCUUAUCAGCACUUUUAGUUGACGUUUUCCAUUGCAAUUUUUAAGGCUAAGAGACUGAUAGCGAUAUUUUACUAGUUUGUUUUGAAUUCACUUUAGGAUUAUAGUAAUAAAUAGUUAAAGUACCAAUGAUUGUCACACACACACUAGGUGUGGUGAAAUUAACCUCUGCAUUUGACCCAUCCCCUUGUUCCACCCCCUGGGAGGUGAGGGGAGCAGUGAGCAGCAGCGGUGGCCGCGCCCGGGAAUCAUUAACAAUGGAAUUGUAAUAUUUAACAUGCCAAAAAAAAAACUUUACAAUUGUUAAAUGACUUAAUGGUGAAAAAAGUUAGCAAAUCCUAUGAGUCACAUGACCACUUCUAAAUGUUUUUUCGUCACUUAGGGACUUAAUUAGUUAAAAGCUAAGGACACAUUUGACCACUUCCAAAGACAAUUAUUAGUAUUUAUUUUAACAGGGUUACUUUUCAGACUACUGUUUUUUUCCAACACAUCCCAGUUGACCUAAGACUGAUUAAAUACAUUCUGAAUAAGCGUCAACAAUAAAGAGGUACACUGUCAUGUUACUGUUCCACACAUGCAAGUUUAUUGCACACUUAGUCAGCCAACACGUCUUGUCCAUAACAAGUGAAAACAUAACACAAGAAAAAAAAACAUGAAAGCAACAGAAAGGUGACAAAAAAUGUGUCAGAUGGCGCACUGACACAAACAUAGAAUUAAUAUUUAUUCUUGGCUGAUGCUAUAAACCAGGGGUGACCAAAAGAUGUCCCAGGGUCAGUUCUUCCUUCAUUAUUCCCACUUCAUAUUGUAAAAGUAAAAUAAAAUGAAUAAUUCGACAUUACAGUACACUUUUAACAUCUUUAAUGUACAAAAGUACAGAAUGCACUCCCUCUUCAAUUAUUCUGCAUGCGGCCCUCGCUGGAAAAAGUUUGGCCACUCGUGAUUUAGUGGCCAUAUUUUGUGAUUAUUAAAUGAAUACAUGCAUGCUGCUAAUGUCACGUACAAAGUGUAUGAUAGACAAUAUAAAAUGAUUAUGUGCCAGUCAGGAAUCACAUCAAUUACAGUGAAGGUGUCCAAAAUGUUUUUCCUGAAAUGGAACAUGUUCAAAAUGUGAUUUUUGAUUUUUUUAACCUUUUUUAUGCUGAAAAUCCAGUGUAGUUUUCAGUGAGGAACCUGCUUGUCCUGUCAUAUUCUAAAGCGGGCCACAUUUUGGACACCCUUGUCUUACGCAGUCAGAAGUUGUAGACCAAGCCAAACAAGCACUGUACAUUCUAUAUUGUUUCACAACAAAAGUCGUUCAUGAUUAAUCAUCACUAGUCACAAUGUUCAUCCUAUGGGAUGUUUUUCUAGUCUGCAACAUCCAUGAAACCUCAAAACGUUAGAGACAUUACGUUUAUCUAGUACAGUCUUCCAACUGGCCAGUGCAUUGGAACAAGGACUAUUAAAACAAGUUUGGUCACAAUGUCAAGCAAGGGGGUUAGAAAGGUGGAUAUUUUAAAUAAAAUUAGGCUAAAUAAAAUGACCCAAAAAGGUUCCAAUAGAAAACCAUUAAAAUAAGUGUUGUUUUUUUUAACAAUCAUGUGACGCCAUAGUUAUUUUUUUCUAUUUGUCCCAGUGUAAUUGAUGACGGCGUUAAAACGUUCGGAAAUGUUCAAAAUUUGAAAAUAAAAUGUUGAAAUAAGGCUCAAGAAGAAAGUACAACACUAAUCAGUCUGCUGUUGGUAUUUUUAUUCUGUUAUAUAGUUUCAUUAUUAUUAUUAUUGUGUGUACGUUCACUUCCAUGCUUUUUCUGCAACAAAGUGUUCUAUAAUGUUUAUCACGCCACACAUGAUUUACACGUUUGUCAACCAAAUCAAACCUUUCCAACAUGAAACCAGCCAGCUCAUUCUCCACACUCAGACUAACCAUUUUUCAAAUCUCCAAAACACCAACUUUUCCCAUAUUUCAAUAUUCUCCACAACACAAAUUGCCUUUGAUCUUCAUCAUCUUUAACACCAGGGGAGUCCUGAUACAACUUUUUGUUGACGACACACAUGCUACCUAUUAUGCAACCCUGAAUAUUGGUAGGUACAAAUAUUGACCUAAAACACAUUAUUUAGUAAUGUGCGACGUUAGGAAAGUGGAAUUACCCAAGGAACAAUGGUUGGUAUGAAAAAUACUCAUCUAUUUAUUAGUAACUUGUCUAAAAUGCACUUAUGCUUGGAGUUCAAUGUUUCUUGGCGACACCGAGUGACCACAAUAAUUCAUUAAGUUGAACUCAUGACGCAGUAAGUCGAUUGAUGCGUACACGUUUGUUACUGGACACUGACUAACAUGCCUUGGAGACUUUAUCUGUAAUAUGCAAUUAUAAUUAUGUUAUACUUGUUUUAUUUGACAAAUGUCGUGUUUUAGAAUGCAGUAUUGUUCAAUUGUUCUUUUACCAUGAAUUGAUUAACGUGGACCCCGACUUAAACAAGUUGAAAAACGUAUUCGGGUGUUACCAUUUAGUGGUCAAUUGUACAGAAUAUGUACUGUACUGUGCAAC